AUGACACGAAGGUUCACUUGCAAAGAAAAAAUGAGAAUUGUUUAAAUUAGUGUUAGAUAUGAUGCUAAAUAUAAAGGAAUCUUAUAUUAUCUGAGAAAUCAUUAAACUUAAACAUUUUCUAAUUUGGAAUAUCAUUUAGCUCAUAUUUAAGGCAUGUUUAUAAGCACAAAAAACAUUAGUUCAAGAUUUCAAAUAAUAAAUUUAGCAAUCUCUAAUAUAGCAAAAUUUUUAAUAAUAAUAAUAAUUAAAUAAGAUUAUAGAAAUAAUUAGUUAUUAAAAAUUGUUAUAAGUAUCUAUUCUUUAUACUAAUAGCAUUCUUAAAACAAUAAAAUGUGAAUUUUUUCUAAUUCUUGAGGUAUUUAAUAAUUAUAUUAAAGUAAUUGAUGGGAAAUAAGUUUAUGUUGAAAAUAUAAAAUAUAAAGAAAUAAUAAGCGAUUUAUUAAUCUAAGAGACUAAUUCUAUGUAUUAAUUAUUUAAAUAAUUGAAUAUAAAUUCUGAUGAAGAGAUUCAUGAUCAUUUUCUCAUUAAUACGUUAAUAAAUUUGAUUAGUAAAUAAUAUUAUGGGGAAUAAAUAUUAAUAUAAAAGAGUCUGAUAGUAUAUUUAAACCAAAAAGAGCAUUAUUAAUUUUUCAUUAAUAAUUGUUGAUUUAGAUCUUCUCAAAAGUAAUUUUACUCAAAAUUGUAUUAAUACCCAAUAGUAUCAAAGAAAUUAAUAAAAUCACAUGAAAAGAGCAACUGAUAUGUUCUUUAAAAUAGAUUUCAAUUUUGCUUAAUAUAUGAUUAAACAAAUUUUAAGUUUGGUUUCUUAAAUUAAUGAGGAAUUCAAAUUUGAUGAUUAAUAUUCAUAAAGGUAUUGGACAACUAUAAAAUCUGGUUAUAAUGUUUUAAAGGAGGAUUUUGAUAAUAGAAUUUUUGUAUUCAGUGAUCAUAGUUGA